AUGUGGGACUUUUUCUUUUGUCUGUUGCGGUUACUGCUACUGUUCCUGCUAGCCAUGCUGUUCAGCAGGAAUCCAGUUUAUGUUGUUGUGGAGGAGGGAAUGAGGCAGCUAUCUUGAAGUACAUGGAUCAUGAUCUGGUGGACUCUGGAGCUUCCUCAUAGCACUCUUCAGUAUACCAGUGGGGACCAGGAAUCAGAAGUCAAGUUGAUCUGCAAGCCCACAGCUUUAGCAGACUAUAUAAACCGAACUUGUGUGACACUAACACAUGCCCCUUUGACCAAGGGGCCGAUGUCAGACCCCCAUAUGCAAAUUCUCUCAAAUUUGAUAAGACCCACUGAGGACAACAUGCAAAAACAGCGUGGAGUCAAAUUCACAAGGGGUCAUUUGCUCCUAUGAGAUGGGGGCAUUAUAGCCCUGGACUGGGCUGUUGGGCUAAAAGACGAGAAAGCUCUGACUAAGAGGGAAUAUCCUUCAGGAGGAAUAGUCCUAGGCUGCCAAACACCACCUAUCGUCAUUCUGAUUCCAAAUGCUUUGGGGAAAAUCAUACAGCAUUUGCUCAGCCUGUGCUGCCUGGCUCUGCAGCAGGGAUUCUACCCUGUGGUUUUCCAUUGACGCUCCCUUACUACUCCAUGCUGCACACAGUUUGGGGACCCCUCGGACCCGAUUCAGGCGGUAGCAUACUUGCGAAAUCACCAUCCGUCCUCCUUUCUGCUUGCCAUCAAUGAAGGCUCUGGAUCUGGUCUGCUGCUCUCUUACCUUGGGCAGUGUGGCUCAUCCUCUUACCUACUAGCUGCUGCCUGCAUUUCCCCUGUGUUCCAUGGACAACUGUGGUCUGAGACCCCUCUCCCAUGGCUAUAUCAUGAGCUGGCCCUCUUCUCCUGCAAGCUGCAGCUCAGCAGGAAACUUCAUUUAUACUUUCAAUAAGAGCAUGUUACUACUCUAAGCUCAGUCAUGGAUAUUGGAAAAAUCUUUGGCUGUCGUUCUCUUCAAGGCAUGGAGAAGCUCAUGUUCUGUUCUGUAAGGCAGCAGUAUAACACCGAGAUGGACACCAUGGAUCAAACUAAAGAGCAGAGAUCAGCAUCAUCCACAAAGUCUGACUGGGUGGCUUACUGGGAACACAAUGAGCCCUUGCGGGAUGCAGAUGAUGUAGCGGUUCCUGUGCUGUGCUGGUAUAGCAGCGAUGACCCUCUUCUGCUUCCUGCCUCCACCUUACCCAUGGCCCUCUUCCAAAAGAGCCCCCAUUUCUUUCUGGCCUUGACAACCCAGGAGGGCUUUAAGCAAGCGGAACCUGGAGAUGUCGGUUCCUGGAGCCACAAGCUGGAAUACUUCUGAGUCGUGGCCAAUUUCUUCAGGGUGGAGGAGAGGAAAUGCGAUGUGGAAGGAUUUGUUGGGCAAGGUGCCCUCCAAGGGCUCAGGCAAAAGACAGGCACGACACUGGCUAGGAGGAGAGCAGUCACGAUCAGGAGAGAGAGCUCCAUCUUGGGGCCUCAAAGACAGAUCUCAACACAUUCCAGCUUGUUCACAUUUGAGGAAGAAGAAGAGCAUGAAACAUUCACUUGGACCAGAUCAUAUACCUGCUGAGUGACUGCAAACUGGAGAGGAGCAAAUGUGAAGAAUUAGACAAGAAUUCAAAGACUAAAAUAGGACAUGACCAUGCACGGUUUAAAGACAAAAGGCCACAACUGUUUGUCAAGAGUGAAGAAAUGAAAACAAAAAACACUGCAUUCCUGAAGUAUGGUAGGAGCCCGGAGAAAGAAAUGUUCUCACUUUGAGGACAGCUGCCAAUAAAACACUGAGAUGCAUUCCUAACGACAUGGAGCUUAAUAAAGGUGCCAUGUCAUCCAUUACACAAUGUAAAAAUUUCCACCUACAGUGAACACACUGGUUUGUAAUAUCACACCAAUUGGUGCCUCUUUUAGAUUUUAUUUUUAAUUUAAAGAGCUGCAAAUAUUGAGGUGCAAAGACCAAGU